AUGGGGAUUGCCAGGGUACAUGAACCACUGUCUGCUGAUGAUGGUGAAUCACCGUUAGAAGGUGAUGUUGAAGUCACCUUGGCACAUGGUGGACAUGGUUUAGGUCAUGAUAUCACUUCACUGAGCACAAUGGGAUGUUUGCAUGAGUGCAAGGAUGGGGUUGCAUCAUAUGGGCAGCACAAGCAUGGCCCCAGUUCUGCUCCCUCAACCCUCCGAGCCACUUCAUCCCUCCGACAUCAAGAGGAGAAAGAGAUGUACGAGGAGACAACAUCACAUCUGACUGGCUCACCCACCACCAACACAGGUGGCAAGAGGAGGACUCCACAUCUCACCAAGAAGGCUUGGUCAGACGUGGCAGCACUAGUCGGCAGCCGGGGGACGGGGGUUGUCCGAACGACGUGGGUGCAGUGCUGGAAGAGGGUGAAUGACAUUCUCCAGUCUGAGAUUGAUAACAGUGUCUACAAGAAGUUCCCAGGAAGUUCAAAUUCAGGAAGGAAUUCCCUGCUGCCAGGCAAUGUACAUGGGCAGGCUCACUACCCAACACCUGCACGCAGGCGCCAUCGGACCACCUUCAGUCAAGAGCAACUGGAACAUCUGGAGGCCACAUUCAGUAAAAAUCAUUACCCAGACAUCUACUGUAGAGAGGAGCUGGCCAAGAUCACCAAACUUAAUGAGGCACGCAUCCAGGUGUGGUUCCAAAAUAGACGCGCAAAGCAUCGGAAACAAGAACGAGCCAUUCAGAAGUCAAUCCCUCCAACUGUUAUCUCGGCCUGUAGUGGCCUAAUACCGGGUGUUUGUCCCGUCUCUACUACUGCCAGGCCAUACCACUAUCCACAUGCCAUCAAUCACAUACCGCGUUUCUCUUCGAUGGCAACUAGCGCCUAUGGUUCUCCAGCAGCUGUCAGCCAGUUCACCUGCACCAGCACUCAUGCACACUUGGCCUCCGCACCACCUCCACCGCGGCAGCAUGACGACUGGUACAGUCCUCUUCGCUCCAUUAACUCUCCCACGACUGGCUUACCCUCAUCAAUGCUCUCCCUGACACCUGUGCCAGGUCUGGAUACACCAGCACACUGGAACUAACCGCUAGCUGCCAAGGUCAUUCUUACUUUCCGAAGUAAAAUCAAGGUGCAUUAUGUAACCCUCUGCCCUGAUUAUCUGCUAGCUCUGCACUGUCAGAAAACUGCAUUUAAGCAAAUGUACUUAAGUCAAUAUUUGCUUUUCAGUUGACCUAUUGGCGAACAUCAUGCAGGACAUUUCCAGUUAACAAAUUAGAAAAAGAUCGAAUGAUGUUAAAAUUUAAAAACUUAUAGGCUUCUUGUUCAUUGUUGCUUAAUGUGUUUUCAACAAAAAUAGUUGUGGUUCUCGUGUAUUAUCAAGAAGGCGACUGUGUUUUAUACUAUUGCUGCCUGAAGAAAAUUGAGCUCCCCGCCAUAUUAUUCAGAUAACAAUGAUAAAAUGUACAUAAAAUCUGGAUGCCAUAAAAUAUAGAAAAUGAGUGAAAAGAGAAAUUAAUUUUGCUCCAGAUAUUUUUCCUAGUUUUCUAUAUUGCAGAUGAUUCUCCUGGAUAAAACCCUUCUUCCUUGGGUUUCUACUUGCCUUCAAAAGAUACCAGAAAUUGCUUAAAUAAUAGUAGUAAAAAAAGGUUUAUAGUAGUUAAGCUUAUUUAGCUCCUUGCUACAAUAGAGAGAAUUAAAAACUACAUCAAACUAAAUUUUAGUUAACAUUUAUUCAUAACUGCUGUUUCUAUUCCCAUCAACAAUGGAAAUAUUUUGCUAGCUAACAUUCUUCAGAAAUCUGACAAAUGCAAUGGAAGAUUAUGGAAAGCAUCUUAGCUCAUUAGAAGAUCCAGCCAGCCGUUGUAAUUUGAAAGUAUUUUCUAUCAAAAACUUGCUCUUGGCUUCAAUUGACAUAAUUAAAAACAGCUUUUCACAUUUAACUCACUAUAAUACAUAGAAUGAGACAAAAAUCAAGUAUUUUAUUUUCAAUGGCAUACCUUCAUUUCUUUUUCCUAGUAAAAAGUCUUUGAUAAAGUGAAACAAAAGAAAUUGAAUUUUUCUUUUCAAAUAUUUUAUUGGCAUUAGACUCGAGCCUCUUUAAGAACCUACGAUAAGAGCACCUUGCAGAAUUUAUUCUUCAGUUGAGAAUGUUAAUGUUGAUUUUGGCAGAACUUGGUGUACAUAAAAAAAAGCACAUGACAUUUA